CUGACAAAGUGAAUGUUAUUUGAGGAAUAGGAGGGAAGGGACAGAGCUAUCCUCUUCCUCUUCCUCUCAUGGCGUCCUCUGUGAUUUUCUCAUCUUCUUCUUCAUCAUUUCUCUCCAGAUUCCCUAUCGUCUCGUCUCCCUCUACGAAUUUAGCUUCGUUUGGAAACCAUAGAAAUGGCUUCCAGUUUUCAGUGAAAGCAGAAAAUGCCGUUUUGGUGGAGAAAACUGAAAAAGAGAAGGUUUUUCGGCUCAAGACCUCGUAUCUGGAGAAAAUCGUUCCUCUGCUCAAAGAGGAAUUCAAUUACAGUAACGUUCAUGAAGUUCCGAGGAUUGAGAAGAUUGUGGUGAACUGCGGUAUUGGAGAGGCUGCUCAGAACUCAAAGGGUUUAGACGCAGCAAUGAAGGAUUUAACGCUCAUUACUGGGCAGAGGCCAGUGAAGACACGAGCGAAGGUGUCGAUUGCAACAUUUAAGCUCAGAGAAGGUCAACCGAUUGGACUUGCUGUCACACUCAGAGGGAAUAUGAUGUAUUCUUUUUUGGACCGGCUGAUAAACUUGGCACUUCCUAGGACAAGGGAUUUCCAAGGUGUUAAUCCCAACAGUUUUGAUGGGCAUGGGAAUUAUAGCAUUGGAAUUCGUGAGCAAAGUGUGUUCCCUGAAAUCAGAUUUGAUGCCAUUAGCAAGCCAAGGGGAAUGGAUGUUUGCAUAACUACAACUGCCAAAACAGACAAGGAAGGUCAGAAAUUACUUGCUCUCAUGGGAAUGCCAUUUAGAGAGGGUGGAGGACAAACAUCGGUGGUGCGCAAGAAGAAACUGAAGGCUCAUCAUUUUGACUCAAAAUCCAAGGGUCGAAGAUAAAGAUGAUUAACCAUAUGGCUCUUUCAUCUCCCCUUGUUGAAAUGGUUCUUCUGCCUCUGUAUUUUAUGCCAUCAACAACUAGACUCAACAAUUUUUGUUCAGUGUUGUGAUGAAGUCAUGCUGUUGUAUAAUCCCUUAUUUUGACGAACACUGGUGCAUCUUUGUCCUUUGUUCAAUGCAUAUAAGAGCUUCAUUGAACUUGAUUCA